AUGGACACCAACGCGGUACUGAAUGCGGGUCCUCCGUACGGACACGUUAUUGCCAGCGAGAAAUGGAGAAACUCGUCCCUCAUUCAAAGUUUAAAGGGCGGCGCUGUGAGAGUCCUCUUUGAGGACCGGCUCGGCGUGGCGGACUUCCACCUGCCCAACAACAGCUGCGUCCUGUACGUGUCCGAGAGCGACGUCAUCGCGGGAAACGGCUACAAGAGGAAACUGGUCCGCUACCGCAACAGCGGCAGCCGCCUGCAGGAGCUGGUUCUGGUGGAGAACACCCGGCUCAGUGAGCAGUACUUUGCCGCCGUGCAGAAGUUCGUGGUGUUGGACCUCGGCCUGACUCUGCUGCCGGUUGCCGGGCCGACCGAGGCCUCGCAGCUCAUCGCGCAGAUCGUCCACGGCGAGGGCAGAGAGAACCCCUUCCGGAGGAGGGCGUCUUCCGGGCCGCCGGAGCCGCCGGUGCUGGCUCUGGUGCGCCGCGUCCCCGGGGUCGGCGGGGUCAAAGCCGCCGCCCUGCUGGAGCGCUUCUCCAGCGUCCGGCUGCUCUGCAACGCCGGCCCCGCCGAGCUGGAGCCCGUCGUGGGUCCGGCCGCGGCCCGGCAGAUCCACGACUUCUUCCACAAGCCCGCCGCCGCCGGAACCUGAAGGCUCGGGUCUGGAGUCCUUCUGGAAGGUUCUGGACCCACAGGACGCGGAGACGGGUUCUCUCGAGUCCGGCGCUGCCCACGAGGCCAGGAGGAGGAGCCACGUGGCUGUGAUUGGCUGUCCGGUUCUCGACUGCGUCUGCUUUUUGUUUUGUACUUAUUAUUUUAUACUACAAAUCACAUUUCUAUGCCGUUGUUUGAUUUCUGUGGCACAAAGUUUAGAUUCAUGUUAUAACUGCAUUUUGACCAAAUAUUACGUAUUUAGUCUGGAGAACAGUGGACUCGAAUUCUGCUGUUGUUGUUGUUGUUGUUGUAAAAGGACUUACCACACUGUAGCAGUCUUGCAUUGAACGUUUUACUUAAGAAAAAAAAGUACAACCAAGAAAUAUUACUUCACGUAUUAAAAUGCAAAGGACUAAAAUGUCCCUGUGACUUUUAUUCUAUAAUAAUAUGACAUCGUAAAAUGAUGAUUACUCGUGAAUUUUUGUAAAAGCAGCAUUUUAUUGCGAUAUUUUAUAUCGUGGUACCGUUUUCAUUUCUUGUAGUAAAGUACAAUUAAUAGAAAAGAUGAAGAUAAAGUACAAUAAUCUGAAAUUUGUCACUUUACUCUGAAAAUAACGGUUCAGAAUAAGUUGAGAAAUGUAAUUUUAAAUAACAUAUAUUGUGCUUUAUUUUGUUAUUCAAUAUCUCCUCGUUCCCUUCUUUGAGAAGGAUAAAAUGUGUUAAAAGUAAUUAAUCAGUCUGCCUCGUGAUUAAAUGGGUUAUGCUACUUAGGAACCGCUAUUGCAAAUCAGCAUAUAGUUCAUCCUUUAUAAUUGUCCUCAUACGAAUAAACAUAAAAUAAAGUAGUUUCAAAUAAUAUUCAGAUGAAAUAUUUUUAAAAUCUAAUCUCUAAUGAAUGCAAUAUAAGAUAAUAAAAACUAUUAAAAUAUCAAAGCUAUUUAAAAUAUCAAAGUUUGGGUAUUUAAAUAAAAAGAAGAAUGUCAAUAAAAUACAUUAGUGUGACCUUUAAAAUAUAUAUUUCAGAAUAUGCUAUAUUUUAUUAGAUUAUAAUUAUUGGAUUAUUAUUAGUGGAUAACAUGUUGCUCUAAGAAUCGGACUCUGUAGAGAAGACUCACUAAAGAUGAUUAAAAAGUUUAUUAUUAAAUCAUAAAAUCACUCCCUACCACCAGGCGUCGCUGUGGGUAGCUUUGACCUUUCUUUCUGCCGUGAGCCAAAUCUCGCACAAAAGCGCGUGGUUUACAAAUCCCGUUCCUCUUCCAACUGACGUCCAACAUGCCCCCCAGGACCAGGAAGCACCGAGGACCGACAUCCUCCCGGAGGCCGUGGUGCUGGGUCACGUGAUGGUGAUCCGCUCUCAAUUUACACCGUGUUUACAAACUGAUGGAGCCGACCAAGGAGACCGAGGCCGCGAAGCUCCGAGGACGCGUCGGCCACGUGGUUGCCAUGCCGUCCUGGGUACUUAGUACUCGGGUGAAGUCGGUAGGAGACGUCACCGUCUGAAGAGGAACGGACCGGGCUCCGCUACGGCAAGAAGACCGGCCGCCAUCAUGGAUGCCGAGCGCUCCACGACCAAGGAGACCGCGAAGCUCCGAGGACGCGUCGGCCACGUGGUUGCCAUGAGCAUGCUGCGAUCCAGGCCGGAGGGGGAGGAGCCUGUCUGAUUGCGUAAUAUUACUGCUCAACUUUAUUCUGUUGAAGCUCAAAUGUAACCUGGAAAAAUACAAUUGCUGUCAAAACAGUCGUAAUAUAUAAAUACACCAACGCGGCAAGACAUCGACUUUUAGUUGUUUCUGCUUUUGUUCUCUCUAUUGUGCCUUUUUCGUUUUGUUCAAAUAUGUUUAAAAUAAUCUACACAAAUAAAUGUUUACCUGCUCUA